GGGGUUUUCCAGUAGCAGGAGUAGUAAUAGUAAUAAAUAAGCGUUGAACCAAUUAAUUCAGCAGUGGAGAGGUAAACAUGGAUGAAGAUUAACCAGAGACAGUAGUAGUAGUGGACCACUCACUUGAUUUAACCACACCACGUGUAUCAGAUGUCCUGCGUAAUGACGUCUGCUAACAGUGUCUAACGUACUCCAUAAUGGCGGUGCCCUUUACAAUGGGGACUGUUGUGGAUCACUUGUUAGCCAAUUUCUUGUGAAUAACUGCAGAUUAUUCACAUACCUGUCUGUUUUGGGUAAUUUACUCCGACGGCUACAUGUUAAAGUCCGGUGCAGCGGGUCCAUCCACCGUUGCCUCUCCUCAGCCAAUGAAGGAAUUCAAGGAGAACUUUUCAGGCCAACUAAUCCUGGACCACAUCAAGCCAUGCUGGUACUGGGACAAGAAGGAUUUAGCCCACACCCCCUCUCAGUCUGAAGGCCUGGACCCUGGAACAGAGGCCCGGUAUCGGAGAGAAGGAGCCCGCUUCAUUUUUGACGUGGGGACCAGACUUGGCCUACACUAUGACACACUGGCAACUGGCAUCAUAUACUUCCACCGCUUCUACAUGUUUCACUCCUUUAAGCAGUUCCCCAGAUAUGUGACGGGUGCUUGCUGUCUUUUCCUGGCGGGCAAAGUGGAGGAAACCCCAAAGAAGUGUAAAGACAUCAUCAAAACAGCUCGCAGCUUACUGAAUGAUGUGCAGUUUGCCCAGUUUGGAGAUGAUCCGAAGGAAGAGGUGAUGGUGUUGGAGAGAAUUUUACUCCAGACCAUCAAGUUUGACCUGCAGGUGGAGCACCCUUACAUGUUCCUGCUGCGCUACGUCAAGCAACUCAAAGGGGAAAAGAAUAAAGUGUGCAAGGUGCUACAGAUGGCGUGGACCUUUGUCAAUGACAGCCUGUGCACCAUGCUGUCUCUGCAGUGGGAGCCAGAGAUUAUUGCGGUAGCCGUCAUGUACCUGGCCGGCCGCCUCUGCAAGUUUGACAUCCAGGAGUGGACCGCCAAGCAGUCGUCCCGCCGCUGGUGGGAGCAGUUUGUCCAGGACGUCCCAGUUGAGCUGCUGGAAGACAUUUGCCACCAGAUCCUGGAUCUGUACUCCCAGGGAAACAAGCCCAUCCCUCAGCAGAUACAGGAGAAGGAGAGGGCAGCUGCUCCGCAGGUCCCCGUUCCUCCAGCCCCGGUGGGACUACCACCAGCCCCCAACCCUCCCCCCCCACCACCGAAGAAGACUUCCCCUCAGGGAAGCAGCCCUGCACGCCCGCUCAAACGCUCGCAUACAUCCCCAAAAGAUGAACCAAAGGCUCCAGAACAAGUUGGCUCAAAGAUUCCUAGACUGGAGAGCCCCAUGCCCCCUCUGCCUACAUCGCAGCCUCCCCCAGAGCGCAAAGCCCCAGCUCCAGCCCCUCCCACCGAAGCCGAACCGCUGCCGGAAACGGCUCCUCCUCCGCCGCACGGUCCACCUCCGCAUCAGCCGCCCCUGCCCCAUCGCCCUCCGCCGCCCCCGCCCUCCAACUACAUCAUGUCCACCACCAGCUCCUACAUGUCCGGAGAAGGCUACCAGAGCCUGCAGUCGAUGAUGAAGACGGAGGGUCCCUCCUACGCCCCGAUGCCGCCCAGCUACGCACCCCCGAUACCGCCGUACCACGUCUACCCGCCGCCUGCGGCGCCGCCUCCGGGCCCCCCUCCUUCCAGCUACCCGCCCCCCAACUUGGCGCCGGCGUACCCGCCGCCGGGCUACAACAGCUACCCUCCGCCUCGCAUGCCGCCGGGCCACGUACCCCCUCCAGUCAUAGGCCUGCCCGCUGGGUACCCUCCGCCCCCCGUGCCCCCGGGACAGUCACAGGUGCCCCUGCCCCCUCCGCCCGGCAUGCCUAUGAAUCACGGCGGGUGGAUGAGGUGAGAUUGAAACGGCGGUCGGUAAACGGGACUGGGUGCAGCGCGGCAGCUGGAGACACGGUAGAACCAACCAGGAACUGGUGUUAAU